UUUAGUAAAAUAAAUCAGAAUAAUAUAUCACGAAUAAACGAAAUUUCAAUACUUGAACAUUUCGAUUACACUGCUUUCUUUAGCAAGAUAAAAGUUCGAACAAAGCUUAUAAUAAAGCAACUAGACACUGUAUUAUUAAAGAUCGGAAAAAGUUAACAUAAUACAAAUCCGGCUUUUUCUUUUUGACGCCAAGAAGCGUCAAGAAAGAGGUCACGUGAUUGACUAAACGUUAACUAGUCAGAUUGAUAGUGAAAUGCACCCUCGAGGCGAAGGAGGGAGAAGUCGCGUUGCUAACUUCAAGCCAUUAUCGAUCGCCAGUCGUUGAUGUAAUCACACGAGCACGCCACUUGCCAUUGUCGCAUACUCGAAUCUACGUGCACCUGACAGGACGAACCCGUAUUCGCCGUGUCAUCGUUCGGAUCGUUACGUCGAUCACCAGUCGAAUCGCUGUACGUGGCCAGGCGCAGUUCCGCGGCUUCGUGUUUUACCGCGACGAACGAUUUCAUGCUACAAUCACCGAGAAAUUACCACGACUUUCCGAAGUUGACGCUCCGGAUCUAACCUCAACAACCGAGUGACUCGUUCUUUGUCAGUGGCGCUCUGUGUUUUUAUUACGAGGUAAUAUAAGAUCUCUGAAUAUUGAGUAGAGUCCAUAUGUGCCUGUUAUGCGAAACGAGACAUCGUGCAUAUGAAAAGAAAAAACAAAGAUACUCGUCGCUCACGCGUACCUCUCCCCGUGUAAGUCAGGUUCACCAAGUUUGGCGGUGCUUGUGACACUUGAGUGAUAGUGGAGAAAAAAGAAAAAGAGUGAGAAAUAAAGAGGAAACGGUAGAUUCGGUAACGCGCUCCACGCAAAGUCUCAUCGUGUUUCACCAUGACGUCAUUCUGUCAGAAUAACAAGAUCUCGCUCGCAGAGAGUUGUAAUUACAAAAAUAAAGUUCCUGAGUCCAACACUUCAGUGACCAAUAUGUCGACUCAUAAACGUGUGGAAAAACGAUAUAAUGAUAUAAUAAAAUCACAAAAUGACGACCGAUUAUACAGGGGUUUGUUACUCGCUAAUAAAAUGAAAGUACUUUUAAUCAGCGAUCCAACAACUGAUAAAAGUGCUGUAGCAAUGGAUGUUAAUGUUGGUUACAUGUGCGAUCCAGAUGAUCUGCCUGGGUUAGCACACUUCUGCGAACAUAUGUUGUUCUUGGGAACAGAGAAAUAUCCUCAACAGAAUGAUUACGCUACGUACUUGUCGCAAAACGGCGGCACGAGCAAUGCAUUAACACACUUAGAUCAUACCACUUACUAUUUUGAUGUAACACCAGAGAAAUUGGAAGGUGCUUUAGAUCGCUUUGCGCAGUUUUUCCUAGCACCUCUCUUCACGGAAACCUUGACCGAACUUGAGUUGAAUGCUAUAAAUUCAGAACAUGAAAAAAAUUUAGCAAAUGAUAUUUGGCGAUUUGAUCAAUUAGAUAAGUCCUCUGCAUGUCCUGAUCAUCCGUUUUCAAAAUUCGGCACAGGCAAUAGAGAAACAUUGGACAUAAUACCGAAACAAAAGGGAAUCAAUGUUCGAGAUAGACUUCUUGAAUUUUAUGAAAAAUAUUAUUCUGCUAAUAUUAUGUCACUGUGUGUUCUCGGCAAAGAGAGUUUAGAUGAACUCGAAAAUAUGGUAGUAGAUCUCUUUUGUGAAGUACGAAACAAAGAAGUUGAAACUCCAGUGUGGCCUGAACAUCCGUUCAAAGAUGAGCACUUUCGCACAAUAUGGUAUAUUGUUCCGAUAAAAGAUAACAAGAAACUUGAAUAUGUCGUUUCCUUUCCUGCACAUUACGUUUGUCACCUACUUGGACAUGAAGGAGAAGGCUCAUUAUUGUCUGCUUUGAAGGCCAGGGGUUGGUGUAACUCUCUGGUAUCUGAAAAACGCAGUGGCGCCAGAGGUUUCAAUUUUUUAGGUAUUCUUGUUGAUCUAACCGAGGAAGGAAUUAAACAUGUUGAAGAUAUUGUUCAAUUGACAUUUCAGUAUAUCAAUAUGCUCAAGUUGAAUGGCCCAAUCGAAUGGAUCUAUAAUGAAUAUAGAGAUAUCGCGAAUAUAAAUUUUCGUUUUAAAGAGAAGUGUUUACCUCUUCGGUAUGUGUCUUCUACGGUUCACGACCUGCAAGAAUAUCCUAUAACUGAUGUUUUGUGUGCGGAACGUGUUUUUAAUGAAUGGCGACCGGAUUUGAUUGAAGAAAUAAUGAAAUAUUUGACACCAGAAAAUAUCAGAAUUCACCUUGCUGCGAAAAUAUACGAAAAUAUAGCAAAUGAAACCGAAAGUUGGUAUGGCACUAAAUAUAAGAAAGAGAAAGUAUCCAAAGAAACAAUGGACAUGUGGAACAAUACUGGCUAUAACUCAGAUUUGAAAUUGCCUUCCAAGAAUGAAUUUAUAGCUACUAAAUUUGAUAUCAAACCUGAAACUAAUAUAGAAACGUUUCCUAUUAUUUUGGAAGAUACUUCGUUUAUAAGGCUUUGGUAUAAAAAAGACAAUGAAUUUCUUGUACCAAAAACGAGGAUGAUCUUCGAUUUUGUCAGUCCAAUUGCCUAUAUGGAUCCUCUUAAUAGUAAUUUGACUCAUAUGUUUAUCCAACUAUUUCGUGAUUCCCUAAAUGAAUAUGUAUAUGAUGCUGAUUUAGCUGGUUUACAAUGGGAACUUAGUAAUUGUAAAUAUGGAAUAACACUUGCUAUAGGUGGUUACGAUAAUAAGCAACGCGUACUACUUGAAAAGAUUAUAGAUCAAAUGAUAAAUUUUAAAGUUGAUCCAAAAAGAUUUGAAAUUCUAAAGGAAAAUUAUAUUAGAAAUUUGAAAAAUUUCGCUGCUGACCAGCCUUAUCAACAUGCACUUUACUAUCUUAUAGUCUUACUGACAGAGCAUGCUUGGCUCAAGGAUGAAUUAUUAGACUCAACUGCUUAUUUAACUGUGGAGAGACUUCAAUGGUUUAUACCGCAGCUACUUAGUAAAGUUCAUGUGGAAUGCUUAAUACAUGGUAAUGUAACUAGACUAGAAGCUAUAGAUACAGUUAAACUAAUUGAAUCUAAAUUGAUAAAUGAAGUGCCUCACCCAGUACCUUUGUUGCAAAGACAAUUAGUAUUGAAUCGUGAAAUUAAAUUAGAAGAUGGUUAUCGUUUUCUAUUUGAAACGGAAAAUAAAUUACAUAAAAGUUCUUGUACAAUGGUAUAUUACCAGACUGGUUUACAGUCAACAGAGUCAAAUAUGCUCUUAGAACUCUUGACGCAAAUUAUUUCUGAGCCUUGUUUCAACAUUUUAAGAACUAAGGAACAAUUAGGCUAUAUAGUAUUUAGUGAUAUUCAUAGAGCAUAUGGAGGAGCACAAGGUCUGCGAAUUUUGGUUCAAAGUGACAAGCAUCCACAAUAUGUCGAAAAAAGAAUUAACUCCUUUAUGGACUCUAUGUUGGAUCAUAUAACUACUAUGCCUGAAGAGCAAUUUGAGGAACACAAGAAAGCUCUGGCUACAUUACGUUUGGAGAAACCAAAAAUGUUGAGUGCACGAUGUAAUUUAUAUUGGAAUGAAAUUGUAAGCCAACAAUAUAACUUCGAUCGAGUAAAUAUCGAAGUAUCUUACUUGAAAACUAUAACGCGGCAGCAGUUACUUAAUUUUUAUAAGGAAAAUGUACAUAGCAAAACUCAAUCUAAAAUGUCAGUCCACGUGAUAUCUGCGAUAACAUCGGUAGAAAACAACUCAGUCAAUAACAGCACUGAAAAAGUUACCGAUUUAUCAAUGGAUGGAAACAUUAAGAAAAUUGACGACAUUAUGUCAUUUAAAAAUAGUCAAACUUUAUAUCCUCUAUUAAAACCGUUUAAGGAAUAUCCUAGAAAGGGUAUACGCCCUUCUAAAUUAUAAAAGAAAUGAUAAGAUAUCAAUUUAAAUGAAUAAAUUUGUCAUUUAUGAUCUUAUUGUUUUAAAUAUAUUAGUUUAAAUUAUUGUUUAUUCUUUACGGUUUUGGCAAGCGUUCUUUCUCAUUAUUUUUUAUCUUUUAGUUAUUGAACUUUUAGUUUAUGCGAUGAAUAUCACGUGCCUCAAUGAUCGAAUGGUUAAGACACUCGUACAGAAAGUAAGUGAUCCAAGUUCUAUUCCUGAUUGGAAUGAUAUUUUUCAUAAUGAGAAUUUCGUUGAAUGGAGGAUAAUUAAUUUUAAAAUUAAUUAUUGAUUCAUUAAAAAAUGAAUCCAGGUUUUAAGUGUUUUGAGCGGAUCACGCGCAAAUAAUUAUAACAAUACAUAGUUCGUGAUAUAAAGCACUUUGUCUUAAAUUUAUAUAUAUUAUUAUAUAUGUUAUUUCAAGAAACAAAUUAUUCAUCCUGUCAAUUAAUGUCAUCUAUAAUCGUAUU